AUGGCUCCGAGAUCCGAUUCACAAACCCUAGCCACCGGCGCCGGAUCCGCCAUGUCUGACACGUCUGGUGAAUCUUCAAUCGAUCCGAUCUUCCACAUUCUCCGUAUCGUCCCUUUCUCAUUCCUCAAGCCACCGCGCCUUCGUCUCAAGCUUCCUUCGUUCACGCUCCCCUCUCCGAUGACUGUGUUCGCUUUGAUUCUCCUAACCUACUUCCUAGUCGUCUCCGGAUUCGUCUACGACGUGAUUGUAGAGCCUCCAGGUAUCGGAUCGACCCAGGAUCCAAUCACCGGAUCAAUAAGGCCCGUCGUGUUCAUGUCGGGUCGGGUUAAUGGUCAGUACAUCAUUGAAGGUCUUUCUUCUGGAUUCAUGUUCGUGCUUGGUGGGAUUGGGAUUAUAAUGAUGGAUCUUGCAUUGGAUAAGAAUCGAGCUAAGAGUGUUAAAGCAUCGUAUGCUACUGCUGGAAUCUCCUCAAUCGUGAUCGCUUAUGUUAUGAGUAUGCUCUUCAUUCGCAUUAAGAUCCCUGGUUAUCUCCAUUAG